AUGUCUUUUCAAAAAUUGGCUGCUUGGCUUCUCACAGAUAAAGGUAAACAUUUCAGUUUCAUUGCCGCUGGUACUGCUACUACAGCAACACUUGUGGCAACAUUUUUACCACACACUAUAUUAUUGGAGCAAUACAAGAACCUGGUUCAUCUAUACAAAAAUGGUCUAUCUGUUGCACUUACUCCAGUAUUGCAGGAUAGGUUCCAAAAGACAUUGAAGCUCCUUGAGGUGAAACCAAUAGAUUAUCAUUUAUAUAAACCAUUUUUUUCUUAUGGGUUUGAGGUGAUAAGUGCUGGAAGUUCCUACAGUAGAUUUGGUGUAAUUGUUGGAUUACCAAUUAAUUUUUCCUAUAGCAGUCCUGAAAUGGUAGAUAGAUCUAAAAUAAAGAUAAUGCAGGAAUCCAUAGUUUGGGAUUCUGAAAUUGGCCAACAGCUUUUGAAUUCUCUGUUUCUAUCAGAAAAUGCCCAAUUAUAUGCAAUGGCAAGGGAAAUAAAAUACAGACAAACUGGAAAACCAAUGUUUGAUGUCUUACUGAGUACAGCAGCAUGUGGUGUUACAUAUGGUGUGAGCCAUCAUCUCAAUCAGAAAUUCAAUUUAUAUGCUAAACCUCUGGGUGUUAGAUUAGUUGUGUAUACGUUGGUUGGUUUGUUUAUGAUAGGUUCAUACACAAUGUCCAAAGAUAUGACUCAAAUGUAUUAUGAGGAAUCUAUUGAUAAAGAAUUGAAAGAAAGAAGUACCAUAUUUGCAGAGGGUGGUAAAGAAUAUUAUACCAAAUUGUUGGAAAGAAAUAAAGCCCUGAGGCAUUUGUUGGGGAAGGAGGGAGAAAGGCUUUAUAGCAUACUAGGAAAUGAAAAUUAUUUUUUAAGAAACAAACAUCUUCCUCUAGUUCAUAGAAAAUUGAUUUUUGAGGAUAAUGAGCCAGUUAUUUCAGAAUUUUUUGAGCAGUAA